CUCAAAAGGCUCCUUCCUCCUCCUCCUCCUGCAAAGCAUGGCUUCUCGGAUCCGCUGCCGCGUCCGCUGCGCUCAUCCCGGGAGGUUUCCGCGGCUCCUGAAGGCCCUCCUGCUCCCCCUGAUCAUCGCAGCCUUCCUCCGCCGGGAGCCUCCAGGGAGGAGGAGGCCCCUGCUGCUGCCCCAGACCUUCCUCCUCGUCCUCAGGAAGCCCCGCCGCAGGUGAUGAUGAUGGGGAACCCCCAAGUGGCAGCCCUCCUCCUGGAAGCCGGGGCCGACCCCAACCUGCCGGACCGGGCCACCGGCUCCCUCCCGGCCCACGAUGCCGCCGGACAAGGCUUCCUGGAGACCCUGCAGGUCCUGCAUCGAGGGGGCGCCCGACUCGACCUUCCCGACCGCUGGGGCCGCCUCCCGAUGGACCUGGCCCGAGAGAACGGCCACAGCCGGGUGGCCCUCUACCUCUCCCGCUGCUGAGCUUCCCCAGGGGACAAGGGAGGGGAUCUGACACUGACCACCUGGAUGGCUGAGAUAGUGGCACCUUUGCUUUCUGGUGGGGCAACAAACUUGGUUUCAUGCACAAAUUAAGAACGUUAUGUAUAAAAUUGCCAUCAGGCCAUAUGUAUCAGGAGCAUAUGGAGCAUACAUGAAUAUCAUGUUUACACUUGGAACUCAUCUUCAAACUACCAUUCUCAGCAUAUACACACCUCACUAUGUAUAUGCAAAUAUUACAAAAUCUCCAAAAACAAACCCCAAAUUCAAAUCCAAAACACUUCUGGUCCCAAGCAUUUCAGAUAAAGAAGACUCAACCUGUAUUGAUUUCAGUUAGCUUGUUGUUGCCAUUGUUGUUGUGUGCCUUCCAGUGAUUUCAAACAUAUGGUGAAGCUAUUGUGGGGUUUUCUUGGCAAGGUUUGCCACUGCCUUCAGUGAACUUCCCAUGGAAAAAUGUAAAGUGGACAUGCAGUCUUCCUAAAUCAUCCAGCUUCAUUGUUGCUUAAUAAUGUCUUGAAUAUUUCCUCCAAUUCUCCAGCCUGUUAGUUUUAUCCUUUAAUCAACUUUAUAAUGUUUCACUUAUCCAUCAGUGAGUGUUUUCAUUGCUGUCCCCUUUCUUUCUUUAGCUGCUGUUCUCAUUAUUCACUGUAUUCUGAGUUUAUACUGUUUUGUAAAAAACCGAAUAAAGCUUUU